GAGUUAAAUAACGUUGUACGGAGCGAGAUCACCAUCAUCAUGCACAGUUGCUUACCCAGGAAAAAGAUGCCUUCGUGCAACAAAACGGUAGAGAAGAGGUUGGAAAAGGACAGAAAGGAAGAAUAUCAUGAAAGGGUAAGUAUAAUCGCAGAGACUAUCCUUGAACUAGAGCGUUCGUAUCUUUAGUACGCACGGCUGGUUGAAAUCUGCAGCUGAAAUAUUCAAAACUCUUUUACUGUAUCGUGAGUAGCCUCAAUAUUUCGGAAACCCAACCUUGGGCGUUUUUCCUGGCGACAAAGAAGAUUUUAGCUACUUAUUUUAAAUCUAUCUUUAGGUCAAGAGAUUUAUUUACUCACAAAACAAAAGUAAAUAUCGGGGUCAAUAAUGAAUAUAACAGCAACCAAUUAUGAGUACGUAUUUGAUCUUAACUGCAAGUCCGUGUAUAGUCGAACUUAAACGGACUCGCGCCGUCAUUCUCUAGCGUGCAUGUACUUCAUUAUAAUCCUCCAAAAACACAAGUUCAUUUCCUGCAUGCCAAGUAAACAGCGAACCUUAUAACGAUGGCCACUAAUUUGGGCCAAGAUCAGGCCGGGCUCAGUUCAUAUCAAAUCAGGAAUUUUUUCAUUACGAUAUACAUUAUAAGUGACCAUAACAAUUUGAAGAGCUUGCAUGAAUUUUGUUUUUCAAAAUUAUGUUCUUUUUAUUAUCUGAGGAAGAAAUUCUGUUUGGAGAACCAUACAUCAAAUCAAAUCAAUACUCCCGUCUAAAUGCUCUUCAAUUUGCAGGGAACUAGUUAUACUAACUCUUGCCAUGUUUUUCCUCCUUAUUAUGUAAUAAUUUAUAUCAAUAUACCUAGCCUCAGUAUAGUAUCCGUAGAAUAGUAAUAUCCAUGAUAUACAGUAACUACAGUAAGUCGUACCCAGAAAAACUCUAACAUUUAUUGCCCGUUUACCGGAAAUUGAUAAUUUCGUUGUUUGUCUGAGCUGUGCUAAAACACUGCUGACUAAGCUAUNCAUUAUAAUCCUCCAAAAACACAAGUUCAUUUCCUGCAUGCCAAGUAAACAGCGAACCUUAUAACGAUGGCCACUAAUUUGGGCCAAGAUCAGGCCGGGCUCAGUUCAUAUCAAAUCAGGAAUUUUUUCAUUACGAUAUACAUUAUAAGUGACCAUAACAAUUUGAAGAGCUUGCAUGAAUUUUGUUUUUCAAAAUUAUGUUCUUUUUAUUAUCUGAGGAAGAAAUUCUGUUUGGAGAACCAUACAUCAAAUCAAAUCAAUACUCCCGUCUAAAUGCUCUUCAAUUUGCAGGGAACUAGUUAUACUAACUCUUGCCAUGUUUUUCCUCCUUAUUAUGUAAUAAUUUAUAUCAAUAUACCUAGCCUCAGUAUAGUAUCCGUAGAAUAGUAAUAUCCAUGAUAUACAGUAACUACAGUAAGUCGUACCCAGAAAAACUCUAACAUUUAUUGCCCGUUUACCGGAAAUUGAUAAUUUCGUUGUUUGUCUGAGCUGUGCUAAAACACUGCUGACUAAGCUAUCAGUCUAGUGGAAGAAUUUUUAUUGACCGGAAAAUUUAAUACGAUUGAAUAUUUAGCGACUUAGAAUGCUAGAAACAUCUAAACAUGUCGUGUAGAGCUAGAGAUAUACUGAAACGCUACACUGGGUUCCAGAGGAUAUUUUUUUGUUUAUAUCGAUACUGAUAGUUCCCGGCAAAGCCGCGUCAACGAUCAGGCGCGACCAGGCGCGAAACGGCUAGAGAAAAAAAUUGCAUGUUCAAACCGUAAGCACGCUUUAGUUCAUAUUAGGUGUUUUCAGAACGGACCUCUGGAGCCAGGGUGCUGAAACGCAUAAACCUGAUAAUUUUUUUUUCAGAAUUGAUUUGAAUCAGUAAAAUUCCUCGUCGGAUAUGGUAAUGCAACGCUUUCUUCAUAGACGAGUAAAAAAUCACUUUUCUAUAUUUUCGACCCUUUUUGGGUGAAUUAAUACACUAAAUUAGCAGAUCUGCGCAUUUGUUUCAUUUCUUAUCUGCUUUUCUGAAUCGCACUUUUUAAAAAUUUUCUUUCUUAACUUGCUGGGCUUACAAGCAAUUAUGCCCCAGUACGCAAGCGCGCACUUGACGCAAAGUGGGUAACGCAAUUGGUCACGCAUAUAUUGGGCCUUUCCCGUACGUGUAAAAAGGUGAAUUUCAGAAUAUAAUAGAUUGCAUUUCGAUUAGCUAUCUGGCGAGCUCAUUUAACUAGGCAACGAUAAUUACUGGGUAUCUGUCCACUUUAGAAAAUAUUUGACCCCGGUGAUGACUCCACUCGGUUAAUUCCCAGUCCUAAUCGAGUUGCUAAGUGGAUCUGUUUCCUCGAGACGAAACGGCUCGAGAGGCUUUGAUUUGGAUUUGAAUAACAAAGACAAUUCCCACUUCGUCGCUAAAACAAUCAUGAUGACAAACCAAAAGACUGUUUUCGUGUCAUUUCCUAUUUUGCUCAUGUGAAGAAUUAUUGUUAAAGGCGAAGGUAAAGACGACCUAACAGGUUGGUCAGCAGUUUCGGAUCAUCGUCCGGUCGAUUGUCAACAUAACCUCUAGAUUUGCGGUAAAUAUUUGACGAUCGAAGAAAUAUAAACACAAAACUCUUGAUGAGCAAACAGUAGAAACACAAGAUGAGUGGCAGUAUACGAAGCAAUCCUAUCGAACGAAGAUUCAGAAGGCGACAAACUGAAGAUUAUCAUCAACGGGUAUGUAGAAAUCGUUCGUGCGAUCUUUACAAGAACGGUUUGAGUGUCGGUUACAGUCGAUGUUUUUAUUUCAGUUAAUAGUAAUCACAGCUGUUAACCAUUGCGUUUUAGAAUUCGCUUCUACCUUUACGUAACUGUUAGUUAACUGAAGGACAUCGAUCGUGUACUUGUUUUACUUCGUCUCGGCGAGGCGCAAACUAUGAUCUUCCGAUAUAAACAUGCUGUAGAUCGAAGUGAAUUUUAAUACGGCGCACCGUGGCGUGAAAGUUAACGUUCUACAUGUAGAUCUCAUAUCGAUCUUGUAUAUGAAGCCAAUAUAAUUGAUUGGAACAGUUGUGAGAAAAAAAAGACCAGACGGCGUUUUGCCAGGUUAAAUGAUAUCAAAUCAAUUAUGUGCAGUAUUUUAAAGUGCUCGUCCUUAAUACAUGCAAUAUCAUCCAGCAGAUUUUUAAAUUUACUUUCUUCCGUAUUUGGUGCUUGUCAAAUAGUAAAAACAUCAUUAAUAUUAGUAUGUAUUUAUAUAAGAUCAAUUUAUAUCCUCGAAUGAAAUGUGUAAGAGUAGAGACAUUUUAAAAACCCUUGACUGAAGUAUAUUUUCACCUCUUCUGUUAAAUAUUUACAUAAUUUUAAUUUACUUUCUGUCAUGGCAACAAAACGAAUUUAGAAAACGAGUUUGUUGUUCCAAAUUACGCUCAACUCUAUAAUCUUUGUAAUUUGAUCUACUUGUUAAUUUUAGCUGCAAAAUGUCAAGCCAUUCCUUGAUAUAACACCACCAAAAGAACAUCAACACCUUCAGUUAUCUGUAAAAAAGCUACAGGUAAGGCACUUUAAUUUUUUGUUAGCGGAAAUGUCUUAAUAACACAUUGCCCAAUAUCCAGAAAUGUACUUGCCUUUUUAUUACAUAAGACUGAGAAAGAGAAAUACAGUAUAACUGGAAUAUAUACUUUAACUGAGCAGAACUUUAACGAAUUAGUUUUUUUUUUUGCGUCCUAACCUAAGUGAUGAUGAGAUCAUUGAGGCCCAUGCCCAGAGCAUCUACCAUGACAGAGUUUUCUAACAAAUUCAGGCAAGUUCUAGAAGUAUCUGAAUUUCUUCUGAGUCUACUUUUAAUUGUUCCACAGAUGCAGCAGGAAAGACAGGCUGCCAUUGAUCGACAGAAUGAAGUGAUUCUUUCAGCACUGAUGAAAAUCAAACAGUCACCUGCCAGGGUAGACCAUUGGAAAAAGGACUGGAAACCAAGGUUUGUUAAUUAAUUACCGUAUUUAUUCGAUUAACCGCCCUGGGCGCUUAUUAAAUUUUUUGACCUUGAGAGUUUUUCGCUUAUUCGAGUUGGGCGCCUAUUCCAGGCUGGGCGCUCAUUAAAUUUUCACCAUUCUCAGCAAGUGUAGUAGUAUAUUUUGCAACAAAACAGUAAAUGCUAAUUACAAAAAGCGAAGAUGCAACAAAACAAGGUUUCUGUAAAAUACUCUGAAGAAAACUCCGUCUUCGGGAGGGUCUCUUAUUAUCUCUUAUUGGAGUUUUGUGGGAGGGAGUAGGGGGGCGCUUAUUCGAGGCUGGGCGCUUAUUAACUUUUUCUGCCUUUAGGAUGGGCGCUUACUUGAGGUGGGCGCUAAUUCGAGGUUGGGCGCUUAAUCGAACAAAUACCGUAAAUGUUANGAAGUAUCUGAAUUUCUUCUGAGUCUACUUUUAAUUGUUCCACAGAUGCAGCAGGAAAGACAGGCUGCCAUUGAUCGACAGAAUGAAGUGAUUCUUUCAGCACUGAUGAAAAUCAAACAGUCACCUGCCAGGGUAGACCAUUGGAAAAAGGACUGGAAACCAAGGUUUGUUAAUUAAUUACCGUAUUUAUUCGAUUAACCGCCCUGGGCGCUUAUUAAAUUUUUUGACCUUGAGAGUUUUUCGCUUAUUCGAGUUGGGCGCCUAUUCCAGGCUGGGCGCUCAUUAAAUUUUCACCAUUCUCAGCAAGUGUAGUAGUAUAUUUUGCAACAAAACAGUAAAUGCUAAUUACAAAAAGCGAAGAUGCAACAAAACAAGGUUUCUGUAAAAUACUCUGAAGAAAACUCCGUCUUCGGGAGGGUCUCUUAUUAUCUCUUAUUGGAGUUUUGUGGGAGGGAGUAGGGGGGCGCUUAUUCGAGGCUGGGCGCUUAUUAACUUUUUCUGCCUUUAGGAUGGGCGCUUACUUGAGGUGGGCGCUAAUUCGAGGUUGGGCGCUUAAUCGAACAAAUACCGUAAAUGUUACAGAACUAUGGACUGACCGACUUACAAGUGACUGUGACUUUGAAUGGCUGACUGACGGACUGAUAUAACGAUGGACUGUUGGCUGAUUGACUCACUGAGUGAGUGGCUAACCGGUAACACGCCGGCUGACGUUCUUAGGGCAUCGACGUCACGCGCUCCUUGGUUGCGAUUAGAGGGGGGCGGGGGGCUGCAUGAGGAGCCAAAAGAACGUCUGCGUGGGAGGCUAUAGCUGACUGACUGACUGAUCGAACGACGGUACUAAAGGCAGACUGGCUAACUUACUGAACGACGUAUAUACUGCAGGCUGGCGGACUGAAUGCUCUUUGCUGAACGAAGUACUGCAGGCUGACUGGCUAACUGAUUUUACAAAGUACCACAGGCUAGACUGACUAGGGAGCUUCAGCCUAGUAGCAUUGACGGCGACGACGGCAGAGAAAAUAAUCACUUUUAAAACGAAUUCACGUGUUUUUCAAUGGCUUCGUCGCGUUUUUUUUUCGAUUCGCAGAAAAUGUCAAAUGAAGGCGAAUUUCCCUGCAAUUGAUUUCUUGGGGAUCGGUCGAACAAUUAGGACCCGUGCUCAGAUUUAGAGAGAGAAAGAAAAAUUCGUCGUUGCGUGUUUACGUCCUCCAUAAAACGUGAAAUAAGGCACUUUCGCGUCGUAGUCUUGUAGGGACGGCAAAGAAAUGUUCACAAACAUGUCAUGCACAUGCAAAGUUGUUGUUUUGCUCUUCAAACCUAUUGCUUUUUUUACGUUCUCGUUGCUGUCGCCGACGUCGUUGCUAAAGAUGGAGUGCAACCUGACUAACUGACUGACUUCUGCUGCUUGGACGAUUGUGACCGCAGGCUGACUUGCUCACUGAUUGAACGACGGAUAGAAGGCCAACCAGUGGCUGAGUGACUGUGUUUAACUCAAUGACUUACUGCAGGUCUGACAUGUUUUCGACCAGGGACCCGUUCACCUUGCUGCGUUUUCGUUUAAAAACGCGUACGUUUAGAUGCGUUUAGACCUUCUUUCCACGUCACAAGCCUCAGUAUAGUAUCCGUAGAAUAGUAAUAUCCAUGAUAUACAGUAACUACAGUAAGUCGUACCCAGAAAAACUCUAACAUUUAUUGCCCGUUUACCGGAAAUUGAUAAUUUCGUUGUUUGUCUGAGCUGGGCUAAAACACUGCUGACUAAGCUAUAUCUAGUGGAAGCGUUUUUAUUGACCGGAAAAUGUAAUACGAUUGAAUAUUUAGGGACUAAGAAUGCUAGAAACAUCUAAACAUGUCGUGUAGAGCCAGAGAUAUACUGAAACGCUACACUGGGUUCCAGAGGAUAUUUUUUUGUUUUUAUCGAUACUGAUAGUUCCCGGAGAAGCCGCGUCAACGAUCAGUCGCGAACAGGCGCGAAAAGGCGAGAGAAAAAAAUUGCAUGAUCAAACCGUAAGCACGGUUUAUUUCACAUUAGGUAUUUUCAGAACGGACCUCUGGAGCCAGGGUGCUGAAGCGCAUAAACCUGAUAAUUUUUUUUUCAGAAUUCAUUUGAAUCAGUUAAAAUUCCUCGUCGGAUAUGGCAGAUGCAAUGCAUGCUUUCUUCAUAGACGAGUAAAAAUACACUUUUCUAAAUUUUCCACCCUUUUUGGGUGAAUUAAUACACUAAAUUAGCAGAUCUGCGCAUUUGUUUCAUUUCUUAUCUGCUUUUCUGAAUCGCACUUUUUAAAAAUCUUCUUUCUUAACUUGCUGGGCUUACAAGCAAUUGUGUCCUAGUACGCAGGCGCCCGGGCCACACUCAGCGCAAAGUGGGUAACGCAAUUGGUCACGCAUGUAUUUGGCCUUUGCCGUACGUGUAACAAUAAAAAUGAAUUUCAGAAUAUAAUAGAUUGUAUUUCGGUUAGCUAUCUGGCGAGCUCAUUUAACUAGACUACGAUAAUUACUGGGUAUCUGUCCACUUUAGAAAAUAUUUGACCCCGGUGAUGACUCCACUCGGUUAAUUCCCAGUCCUAAUCGAGUUGCUAAGUGGAUCUGUUUCCUCGAGACGAAACGGCUCGAGAGGUUUUGAUUUGAAUUUGAAUAACAAAGACAAUUCCCACUUCGUCGCUAAAACAAUCAUGAUGACAAACCAAAAGACUGUUUUCGUAUCAUUUCCUAUUUUGCUCAUGUGAAGAAUUUUUGUUAAAGGCGAAGGUAAAGACGACCUAACACGUUGGUCAGCAGUUUCGGAUCAUCGUCCGGUCGAUUGUCAACAUAACCUCUAGAUUUGCGGUAAAUAUUUGACGAUCGAAGAAAUAUAAACACAAAACUCUUGAUGAGCAAACAGUAGAAACACGAGAUGAGUGGCAGUAUACGAAGCAAUCCUAUCGAAAGAAGAUUCAGAAGGCGACAAACUGAAGAUUAUCAUCAACGGGUAUGUAGAAAUCGUUCGUGCGAUCUUUACAAAAACGGUUUGAGUGUCGGUUACAGUCGAUGUUUUUAUUUCAGUUAAUAGUAAUCACAGCUGUAAACCAUUGCGUUUUUUAAUUCGCUUCUACCUUUACGUAACUGUUAGUUAACUGAAUGACAUCGAUCGUGUACUUGUUUUACUUCGUCUCGGCGAGGCGCAAACUAUGAUCUUCCGAUAUCAACAUACUGUAGAUCGAAGUGAAUUUUAAUACGGCGCACCGGCGUGAGCGUUCUACAUGUAGAUCUCAUAUCGAGCUUGUAUAUGAAGCCAAUAUAAUUGAUUGGAACAGUUGUAAGAAAAAAAAAUACCAGACGGCGUUUUGCCAGGUUAAAUGAUAUCAAAUCAAUUAUGUGCAGUAAGUGUUCGUCCUUCAUACAUGCAAUAUCAUCCGGCAGAUUUGUUAAUUCAGUUGCUUCCGUAUUUGGUGCCUGUCAAAUAGUAAAAACAUUAUUAAUAUUAGUAUGUAUUUAUACAGGAUCGAUUUAUAUCCGCGAGGGAAAUGUGUAAGAGUAGAGACAUUUUAAAAACCCUUGAGUGAAGUAUAUUUUCACCUUAUCUGUUAAAUAUUUACAUAAUUUUAAUUUACUUUCUGUCAUGGCAACAAAACGAAUUUGGAAAACGAGUUUGUUGCUCCAAAUUACGCUCAACUCUAUAAUCUUUGUAAUUUGAUGUACUUGUUAAUUUUAGCUGCAAAAUGUCAAGCCAUUCCUUGAUAUUACACCACCAAAAGAACAUCAACACCUUCAGUUAUCUGUAAAAAAGCUACAG